CGUGAUAUAUACAAAUCUUGGUCAGACAAUCUUUCAUGUUAAACAUGAGCAUGGAUAUUUCGUGUAUUUUACUCCACAUAUUAAUGAUAUCAGCAUGUAACGGCGGCGGCGGCGGUGGCGGUGGGGGUCACACUGACUGUCACAAAGACAGAUGUGUUCAGGAUGCGAUCGAAAACAUCGGUAGUGCAUUUGAUGAACAUCUUUGUCAUGCUUUUAAGGAUGUGGACUGCAGUCAUCAUAUUCUCAUACACGACGAGAUGAUUUGUGCAACAGACGGGAAAACGUACCGUAACCAUUGUGAAUAUGCAAAUGCUAGAUGUGUUCAAAUGCAUGACAAACAAUAUUAUGAUCAUCAUCAUUUUCUGGUUAAUCCACUUGGCAUUGUCUCACAUUCUGCGUGUGUUGUGUCUACCAAACACCCAACAACGCCAUUCGUAACGAUGACUAACACUCCUAUUGUAAACACUAACACAGCAACAUCAACACUUCCAAUAGCGACUGCAACAUCCGCGGGAACGUCAACAGUUUCGUCUACAACGCCCAUUGUUGCAGGCAGUUCGAUUUCUUCGUCUGCGGGGCCAUCUGCCAUAGGCAAUUCAACGACCGCACCUCAAACGCAAUCUACAACGCUGUCAACGCAAGCUGUUCUAGGAUCAGUUUUCUGCCAAUAUAGGAACUUGAUCAGCUGCGGCUCUGGUUUCACUGUCGUCUGCGGCUCUGAUAACAAUUUCUAUCCAAAUAAAUGUGAACUUUUAAAGACACAGUGCACUGUUCCAACCCUACGUGAGGAAUCUGAUGUGAAUAAGUGUAGCGUGACGCCUUGACAACCGCAAAAAAACACGUAAAUCGCACACCUAAAUGUGUUAAUUCUUGAAUUAUUUGACACAUCUCAUUAUCCAUAAAUAAAAGUGUGCUUCUUGA